UUUGAGUAUCUGUUAUAUUUCUAUCAAUAAUAAAAUAUUUAAGCUGCAAACGAACGUCAAGUUUUUAUAAAGGAAAUGUUAAAAAAUUAUGUACACGAUUUAUCGGCCAUUAAUAAACAAAAUAUUGAAAUAUUUCUAUAUUCUGAAUCAUUCAUGAAUAUUCGAUUCCGUAAUUUUGAUUCUGUAAAGAUAAAAAUAUAUUACUUCUACGGAUAUAUAAUAUAAUGUAUGAUGAUACUAAAAUGUGUUAUCUAAUCUGUGACUUAAAGAACGAUAAAGAAACAAAACAUACAACAAAUUGAUUCAUGAUACCAUUUAUGGGAACGAUAUAAAAUCUCAUAAGUCUGGUGAAAAUAAUUUGACGACCAUACGAUGUCUCAUCUGAAAAUACAUGGAUAUCCGCAUGCACGAUUCUCAUGUAUGUCAGGUUUUGUAAAAUUCUAACUAAUAAUUUUUAUUAGUGUUUGCGCGUGAAACGAUGAUUUGUCAACGAUUUCAUUUGACAAAAAAAAACGCAUUUUGCAAAAAUCCAAUAAAAAAAAAAUUUGAACGCGUCGCAAGAAUUACAGGAGAGCACGUGGGCGGUGCUUGAAGUCUAGUUCUCUGCGCCUCUCGCUUCCAGUAUUCGUCUGCCCGUCCGAGGGAGUGAGUGUUGUUUUGUUAUAGCACUGGCGAUCGCGCGCGCGCCUUCUAGCCUUUUUUCGUAAUCCGGACGAGCCUGACGUUGGCGGCGCCAAGCGAGAAGAGAAGAUGAGGUGGGAGGCCGUCGACCCGUUAUAAAUGGAACUAGCAAGACAGCAUUUCUUGAAUCGUUUCUUGUGUUAUUAUUCGCAGCGUGUCGGCGUACUAGCCCGCAUGUUUGCUCGCGGCGUGACCGGAACGUCAUCCACCGAUAUUAUUAACUCCAUGGUCCAGAGGAUGCAAUCGAAUCGUGGCGAUCGUGGAAAGUGAAGUUUUCGAAAGGAAAAAAGAGAAAUCGAAGAAGCGAGAAAUCGAGAGACAGAAAGUGGCAUUUUUGAUGACGCGAGAAACGAUGAUCGUUGUCAGUGUGAAACUCUCGACGCGUAUUAUAGUGCUGCGAUUUCAGUAAGCGCAAACGAAAAUUCGCGAAUAUACACAAGAGAAGUGACAAUAUAGAAGUGGUGGAAUUUUUAAAGCUUGAAAACAUGAAAAGUGAUCAAAAUUUGAAAAUUGUGUUUCAUUGUUGGUCAAUACACGAUAAAUUCUCAGUUUCGUGAUUGCACGCUCGUUUAAAUUGGCUGUCACAAUUCGAAAUACUCGGUACCGAUUUGUUCCCGAGAAGAUUGCAACCGUCGAGCCAGUGAAUCACAUACGAGAGUGAUAUUUCGAAAGAUCGAUGUGUUGUUGAACUUAAAAAGGCUCUUACUCAAUGCCGUUUAUCGCGCUAUUGGAGAGCAUGCUUGGAAUGAACGUUGCAUAUUCAACUGCUAUGUGAAGUUGUCUUACAGUUUGAAUGUGAUUAGUGGAUGUGCUGCAAGCGACCGAGUGUCAUCGGUUGCUUUGCAAUGCGAGUGUAUAGAAGCUUCGUGCAGAGACAAAACAAUUGAGAAACAAAUUAAACAAGUCAGUUUAUAGCUUUUCAUUUUAAAAUCUUUAAUUCAGUAUAUAUGCAUUUAAAGGAAAUAUUUAUAAUCAACUUAUAAAAAUUGAUAACAAUUUUUUUUAUAUAUGAAUGUCAAUAUAAACUAUAGUUUCUAAAAAAUUAUAGUUUUUGAAAAUCACUCAGUAUUGUGUUUAUAUUUAUAAACAUUUAUUAUAUUAUUUUUUUGUGUCACAUAUGCGAUAUGAUGAUUAGAUUUUAAUCAAAAUAAAAUAAACUUCCGAUAUAGUGGAAAAUAACGCAUAAAGUGUUAUUCAGAACAUAUAAUGUGCAAGCAUAAUUCGAAUGACACUUAAGAUCCACGUCUGAUGACAAACGUGAACAGGAUCAGGGUGGUCGUCCUCGGCGGCCCCAGAGUUGGAAAAUCAGCCGUGGUAGUACGCUAUUUGACGAGGCGAUAUAUUGGCGAAUACAGCUCAACCAGUGAUUUCCUGUACCGGCACAGCGUUACCAUCGAUAAUGUUAGUACCGAAGUCGAAAUACUGGAUACUUCCAGGUGCGAGGAAAAUGGUUGUCUAUAUUCUCAUAUAAGAUGGGGCGAGGCUUUCGUAAUCGUUUACAGUGUAACAUGCAAACGAAGUUUUCAGGAAGCCCGUGGAUUGCUGAAGCAAUUGGCUGAUUUACGUUUACCAUCCUACUUCACUGCUCUGUUGCUCGGCAAUAAGAGAGAUCUGGAUCAUGCUCGAGAGGUGUGCGUGGACGAAGGCCAGCAAUUGUCCUUGGCUCAUGGAUGUCAAUUUUACGAGGUUAGUGCGGCGGAAAGUCCUGCGGGAGCAGCACUGGCAUUCCAAGCGCUGCUCCGUGAGGCAAGAUCGGUUCAAUUGCUCCGAGCACUUCCUAUCCGUCGAAAAUUGGGCGUCCAUUCGGUUUCGAGGGUACUCGGCACGAUCUUUGGCAAGAAUACGACGAAAGACCGCAAAAAGAGGCCCUCGUUAAGCAUAUGACGCCUUCUCUGCGCCCUCCUUCUCGGAGGUCGUGACGAACCUGACAGAAGGACCGAUGUGAUCGUUCUUACCAGCAACGUCUAUUCGAAUCAUUGACGAGGACAUGGAAAACGAUCAUCUGAUCAACGUGGAUCAACAGUCGCCUUUUGAUAUUUUCUGAAAAAAAAGUUCCUGGCGUUUUGAUUCAGUUUCAAGACUGAUAUAGAGAAAUAUUGGGACGUUAUCUGGCGGACAGGUAAAUAGAAGGAUCUAUAUCAUAAUUGAAAAAAAGUUUUGUAUGUAGAGGAUAAAAAGUAUCUUUUUGCUACAAACGAAUGCCAUUAUUAUAAUAAAGAAGUAAUAUUUGAUGAAUAUAUGUACUUAUUAUAGUCAAUGUAUGCAUUUGAAUAAAAUUUUAAAUCUUAAAAUUUUAUUUAAUUAUAUUGUUCAUAUGAGAAGUAUAAAUGUUUUUUAUAAUACAUUAGUAUAAUAUGUGUUAUAUUUUAAUUUAAAUGGUCAGGGUUAAUGUCUGACUUUAUUGUCUCUUUAUUUAGAGAGAAUAUAUUAAUAGGACCAAACAAUAUAUGCAUUUUAAUUAUAUUAAAGAACUCGAUUUUUAUUUUUAAUUAAAUAUGUCGAAUUAAAUCGCAUUAUUUAAUGAAAAAAAGAAUAUCUUAUAUCUCAUAUAUAGAGAUAUAUAUCUCAUAUAUAUGAGAUAUAUAUCUCAUAAUGACUCUGAUCAUUUUGAUUAAAUUUCAUUAUUUAAAAAUUUAUAAUAAAACUGUGUUUAUACAAACAAAUUGAACAAAAA